GUAUAAAAACGCUUACCAUUGUUAUAAUGGAACUGAUUGCGGAACAAAAACUAAAACCGAACAGAUCGUGGAAGGGUGCAACAGCAACAACAUUAAUUUAAACAGGCACGGAAACAGUAAAAGCAUCGUUGGAUAAUUCCAGAAAUAGACUACAACAUGGCGAAAGCAAUCACCAGUGUAUUUACAUUUCUGCUAGCAACAUUUAUGAUGUUCAAUUAUUGUGCAGCAUAUUCGGCGCUUGAAGAUGCACGUAUAAUUGCCGAAUAUAAACGUUAUUUACGUAAAACCAAUCAUGCUGCAGUUGCCCGCAGUUUGGUGCAUAAAACUAAUUGGGCAUCAGUGGGUAGCAUAUCCACAAAUGAUAAAAUUGCAGACUAUCCUAUGGUGAACAUAAUAUCGGUGGAUGACAGCGCUGUGGAUGGCACGUCUACAGGGCGCAUACAUUUUUUGUUAACUGAUUUGGAUUUUACUGGACCUGAUUGGAAGCAUAUUAAUAAAGUUACCUUUCUCUUCUCCGAUGAUCAAACUUUGAAUUGCAAAAACCAUGGACUUGAUCCAAUGGAGCCGACAUGCCCACGUACCAUAAUUAGCGGAAAGGUUAAAGAGUUGGACAAAAAUGAUAAGAAUUACAACGAUUGGUUGCAGGCAUUCACAGUUCGCCAUCCAGCUGCGAAGUAUUGGAUUAAAGCUCAUAGUUUCUACUUAUGCGAAUUGGAAAUAGAAAAUAUUUUUGUAUUGGACUUCUAUGGUGGUCCUCACAAUGUCGCUCUAAACGAUUAUUAUAAUGCGAAACCGAACUAAUUCAUGCCGGUUAGUGAUAAAAGUCAACAACUGAGAUAUAAAUAGAUGUUCAACAUUACACAUUUGGUGCUUCGUAAUUAAAUAUAGGCCUACAUCUUGUAUUUUGUGUUAAUAGAAACAGAACAUGUGUGUAACAUAUAUUUUAUAAACUGUUAUUUUACUAUCCACAUUAUCAGCUUAAAAAGCAUUUUUAAAUAUUUUUAACUUACAGUGAGACUGUUUUAUAAUAAAGCGAUAUAUACAAAAUUUA